UUGCGAGCUUUCAAUAGUACUAGUUCCGCGCUCGUCGAAAUCGUUAGUUUACGCGUUGCGCUCUCGACGUGGAAAUCUACACGUUGCGAAUUCUAUACUUACAACUAUUUGUGAUAAACGAAAACAAACGGUCUGGGAAUCACACGUGGAUUUUCAUAUAAAGUUAAUUGCAACGGGUCAAGAGAGUGUUGAAGUGCAAAGUGCGAAAUUGUCAAAAGUAAGACGACUUAAAGAAAUGCGCAUAGUGUGCACUGAAGCGGGUCCAUUCACAAAUAAGUGAAAGUUAAAUAUAGAACCAAUUCCAAUUCGAUUCAAUCGCCCUUGGUGAAGCAUAUUUUAAAUGAUCGAAUUUUUUCAACCAAUUUGCCAGGCAUUUAGUAAAUAUUUUGUGAAUUUGUGCUAUAUUGUGAUAGUAGAAAAACUGAUAAUGCAGAAAUUUCGAACAAAAGCAAGAUCCUUAACAAGCUCUCUAGGAUUUUCCAAAAAACAGGCUGUGAACACAUUCAUUUUUUACCACGGUUCGGAACCUGAUGAUAAAGAAGUAUACGAACUUGCCAAUUCCAACUUAAUUUUACAACAUCCGAAAUUUGACAAUGCCAAAAAAACUUGCAUAUAUAUCCAUGGAUACCUGGAGAGUCCUGAUGUGGAAAGUGUUAAAGUGAUAGUGGAUGCCUACCUACAGAGGAACGAUCACAAUAUUAUAAUAUUAGAUUGGACUGAAGAUGCUGCUGGAAGCUAUCUGUUGAGUGCGAUUAAAAAAAUGAGGCAGUUGGGCACCAUUGUAGCAAACGCCCUCAUUUUGAUGACAGAUGCUGGUCUUAAGCUUGAAAACGUCCACAUUGUGGGGCACUCGUUAGGAGGACAAAUGGCUGGAGUUAUUGGACGUGAAGUGAAAAAUAGAUCUGGUGGGAGCCUUGUUAUAAAGCGGUUAUCGGCUUUAGAUCCAGCCUUUCCUGGCUUCUACCCUGCAAAAGUUUCUAUCGUCAAGCCCAUAAGUAAAGAUGACGCUGAAUUUGUUGACGUUAUUCAUACAGAUGCAUGGUUAUAUGGAGCUCCAAGCAGUACGGGUACCGUAGAUUUUUGGCCAAAUGGAGGACGAACAUUGCAACCCGGUUGUCCCAGACGAAACUUCCGUCCGUUAUCAGAUAAUGAUCUAUCAAGUCAUCGAAGAUCCUGGUGGUUUUGGGCAGAAAGCGUUAUAAAUAGCCAUCCAGAGAAAUUCAAUGCGGUGAAAGCGAAAAGUUGGAGUGAAUUCAAAGCGGGAAAAACUCUGGAAUUCGAACAACAUGUAGUGAUGGGAUUACAUUGUCCUGCAGGGGUAUCAGGCGAUUAUUACUUACAAACCAAUGGUGCAACACCAUUUGCCCGUGGACAGACGGGCGUUGUUUUUAGUAACGAGAGAACAAAAACUGAACAGAACAAAACAUAGGAUUGUUAUGUUAUUUUAUAGUAUUUUUUGUAAUAAUAUAUUGAAAGAUAGAAUAUAAAAUGGGUGGAAUCUAUAGAGGAAA